GCACCAACCGAAUGACAUUUUUUAGAGCUUCUAAACAAAUGGUUUCGGCCUCAAAUUAUUUUAUUCAUAAUAUAAUUGCAAUAUUCAUUUGUUGAUCGAGUAAAUAAUCAUUAUUUAUUAAAAAUGACUUCGCUCAAUAUUGUCACUUCAGACUUUGUGAACGUUAAUAUUACGACUUCUGCUCAACAAACGUCAUGUGUUGAAAGAAGAUAUCAAAAAGGAAUUACUAUUGAUGAAUUUAAAGGUAAAUUGGAAUUAGUAACAGGAGGAAAUCCUGCUACAAUGAAGUUGGAGGUCUAUGAUAAGAAUAAUAAACUUGUAUGCUGUCCAAAUGAAGGAUCUCGGCUUUUAGGAUCUUAUCCUAUUGAUGAUGGAAUGACGGUUCAUGUCAUUGAUAAUUUUUUACGCACAGAUGAUCUGUCAAAUGUUGAAAAAUUCACCAUAUCCGAAGAAGAAUAUUCUAAAAGAUCAGACACUGUGAAAGCAUUUUUGGAAAAGAAUAAAUUAGGAAAGUAUAAUGAAGAAGAAAUGAAGAAAAAAGAAGAAGAACGAAAACAGGAACGUGAAAUGGAAGAAGAGAUGGUAAAGAGUUUUAAUCCUGGGGAUAGAUGUGAAGUUCGUGUACCUUCACAACCAACGCGACGAGCUACCAUUAUGUAUAUUGGUAAAACAGAUUUUAAAGAUGGAUUAUGGGUUGGAGUUAAAUAUGAUGAGCCUCUUGGCAAAAAUGAUGGGUCAGUUAAUGGGAAAAGAUACUUUGAAUGCCCUCCAAAAUAUGGUGGAUUUGUAAAACCAAGUCAUGUCAAAAAAGGGGACUUUCCGGAAGAAAAUUAUGAUUUAGAUGAAGAAAUAUAAUGAAAAUUGAUCAAUAAAUGCUUACUCUUUGUUUUUAUAGCAAUUUAUAUUAAAAAUUUUGUACAAUUAUAAUAAUAUACACUUCACAAUGCAGUUUUUAAUAUUUUCUUCGUUUGAUAAUGUCUGGUCUCCAAUUAAUUGGUUUUAUCAGCUUCUGUCGUAAUCAUCCGACUUCCGGUCAUGUCAAAUGUAAUACUGAAGAUACCGGCUUCACUGUCCAUUGAUCCCGGCUGUACCGGAGCUUGAAGACGUUGGAAAUUAUAACUGUAAUUGACGUUAAUUACAAUUUUAAUUAUUAAUUUUUUUAGUUGUUUAUAAUUCGAAAAAUUGAAAUUCUCUGAA